UUGAGAGAAGCCGGCUGAGCCAUGGCGUCUGUAGCUCUACGGUUGAUUGUGCUCGUGUGUUUCUGUAUGUGGAUGUCUGACGCUGCUCAGAACGCCAUCCAGCUACAGAAUAACGAGUACACAGAGGUGCUGAUCGCCAUCCACAGGGACAUUCCGGAGGACCAACAGAUUGUGGACAGACUUAAGGAAAUCUUCACAGAGGCUUCCGAGGCGCUCUACAUCGCCACCCGCAGCCGGACCUUCCUCAAGCAGGUGAAGAUCCUCAUUCCCAACACCUGGUCCAGACAGCCGAACUACCUGCCGCCCGGCACAGCCACGUUCGACCGGGCGAACAUCAGAGUGGACGUGCAGAACCCCAUCUAUGGAGACGGCCCUUACGUGCACCAGCCCGGCGGGUGCGGGGUGGGCGGGGACUACAUGCACCUGACGCCGAGGUACGUCGUGGAUAGGCCGUACGGAGAAACCACCUGGGGACCAUACGGUAAAACGAUGACUCACGAGUGGGGCCAUCUCCGCUGGGGUCUGUUUGACGAGUACGGGUUUGACGACCCGUUAGGCGGAUCGUACCCGCACUUCUACGUGUCCACCUCCAGGGGCAUCCAGCCCGUCAGGUGUUCCGCCUACACCGCCGGACUGUCGCAGAACCCCGUCACCGGAGCACGCUGCCAGACGGACCCGGUCACAGGACUUCCGGAGGCCGACUGUCGCUUCAUUCCGGAUUUCAAUCGGAACCGCGCGACGGGGUCGUACAUGUUCAUGCAGUUUCUGCCACAGGUGGAGGAGUUCUGUCAUAGCGGCCAGCAUCUCUUCAGCCAGGGCGCCCAGGCCAGCCCGCUGUCCUCACACAACCGCGAAGCGCCAAACAAGCAGAACGUCAUGUGUCAAGGUCAGAGCGCCUGGGACGUCAUGAACAAGCAUCAGGACUUCGCGAACGGCGCCAACCCGCCCAGGGAGGUGGUGACGACCGUCCCGGACUUCGAGCUGCUGCAGGAGCAGGCACCGAGGAUGGUGCUGGUGCUGGACACGUCAGGAAGCAUGCGGGGCGAGCCGAUCCGCCGACUGAACCAAGCCGCCACCCACUUCAUCCGGAACACGGUGCUGGACGACAGCUGGCUGGGCAUCGUCACCUUCUCUACAGCUGCAAACACGUACCAUCCACUCAUACAGAUCAGUAGUAACGCCGACCGGACCUCGCUCAUCAACAGGGUCCCCAGUAAUGUGGGCGGCACCACUUGUAUCGGCUGUGCCCUUCUGGAAGGCGUCAAGGUGUUGGAAGCCCAUCCUAGUGGCGAUCCUAGCGGCGGGAUCCUGUUCCUGAUGAGUGACGGUCAGGAGAACGAAGUCCCCGACAUCGCCACUGCCACCCCACAGGUCCUGGCGAAGGGCGUCAUCAUCGACACGCUGGCCUACAAGCGGGACGCCGACCCGCAGAUCGAGUCGCUGGCGCUGCUGACCGGCGGCAAGUCGUACUUCUACUCGGGGGAACAGGGAGACUCCACGGCGCUGAACGACGCCUUCAUCACCUCCGUCCUGUCCAGGGACGACAGAACCGGCGGGGAGGCGACCAUACAGCUCGUCAGUGAAACGAAGACGUUGAACACAGGAGAGAACUACGAGAACCAAGUUUACAUCGAGAAGAGCGAGGGGAGGGACGCCAUUUUUACCUUCAUGUGGAACGGCGGCGUCGAGCCUCGGAUUGAGAUCAUAGCCCCUAACGGCACGGUGAUUGGUCAAGGCGACCCGAACUAUCACGUGAUGGCCGACACCAUUCAAGUGAAGGUGCCAGGUGUAGCACAGCCCGGGGAGUGGUCGUAUAACAUCACCAUCGUGGACUACUUCUACCAACAAGUGGACAUCCUGGUCAGCUGCAAGGGCGCUUCUCCGGACAGCCAUCCUAUCAAGGUCACAGCACAGGUCAGCACCAUCUCUCUGAACGGUUCUUCCGGUGAGCCCUCGGCCCUGACCAUCCGCGCGUCCGUAACCAAGGGUUACCUGCCCGUCACCGGGGCUACCGUCACCGCCUACAUAGAGAAGCCGCCUAGCGACGAUGUUGAUGAACUGCAGCUGCUGGACAACGGUGCAGGAGCUGACAUCACCAGAAAUGACGGCGUCUACUCGCGUUACUUCCUGAACUUCACGGCUGGAGGCCGCUACAGCGUGUCGGUCAAGGUCAACAACGACGACGGAGAGGCAGCUUCCAUUGUGGUGACCGGAACGGGACGGCGUGGUCACAGGGCCGCCUUGUCCACAAACGCAGAGGCCUUCGCAGUUGACAAAAAUGCAGUCCAUUCCGAGCCGUUGGAUCAGUUCCAGCGGAUGGCGCCAGGCGGCGUUUUUGAGCUGACAGACGUUCCUAUUGGUGGCCUUCAACGACUGGACCUCGGCCCGCCAUCUCGGGUCAUUGACCUCAAGGUGAUCAAGGUGUCCCACGAUAACUUCACCGUCGCUCUGACAUGGACAGCUGUUGGGGACGACUUCGACCAAGGAGGACCAGCCGCCUUCACCGAUCUACGAUUCGGCCGAAACUUCACGGAGCUUGACGACGACUUUGAAGCGUCGAGCGUCGUCGGCGACUCUCAAGUGCUGCUGGGAGACCUGACGUCACCAGCCCCGCCCGGCACCCUGGAAACCGUCGUCAUCCGGGUACCUGAGAGGGGGGAGAACGUGACGUAUGUGUUCGCUCUCCGGGUGUGCGACGCGGCGGGAAACUGCUCACAACCGUCCAACCUGGCAGCAGCAAACCUCGAGUACAUCCCGGAACCAACGACUACACCGCCCCUGUCGCAACCAAGCAACCCCGACAACAGCACGCUCAUCAUAGCUGUAUCUGUCAGCUGUGCAGUCGUUGCUGCUGUGGUCGCCGUCUUGACAGUGCUGUUGGUAAAGCGCUUUUGCGUUAAGAAAAAGAAACGAGUGUCGGUAACACCGGUCCCGGACGGUAUUGGUUUGGAAAAGGGACAACCCAAGAACGAACCUUUACCUACAGCAUAACUGCACUCGUUCUGAUAUGUAGGUACUAGAUGUCUCGAAAUGUUCUUUUCUCCACAUUUUAACGAAAUCGAACCAAUGCGAUUUUUAGCGAUAGCAAUUUCACGCAGAUCAGUUUGUUGAGUUGUCACAUAUGAAACAGAUAAAUGCAAACAACUACAAUCUAUAAAUUCCAUGUAUUCUGCCCUUUUGUCUGAUCUCUGUAGAUCUCUGUAUCUUUGUCAGGUCUCUGUAACCGCAAACCUUACACAACGCACCUAUCUUCGAUGGGCUAGUUUCAAAGUUAGAACAGGCGACAUGAGACCGCUUUGAGAUGCCACUUUAGAAACGCUAGCUGUAAUAGAGCUGAAUUUGCUGAAUAAAAGUCGUGAAU